GCCCCUGCUCUCUCAUAUUGAAAGUGCGGUCACACUAGCCCCAACUCGAGGGCCCCAAUAUUGCUCCAGUGCUUCUCCAACCGGUCCAGUAACAUUGAAAAUGGCCAACAUUGCCAAGCUCUUCGCCUCCCGUGCCCAGUGUGUCCUGCUGGCAGCCGCACGCCAGCCACAGGUGGCCACUCGCUUUGCCAGCACCUCUGGUAACUGGGAGUUUAUCAAGACCGAAGUUGCUGGUGAGGGCAAGAACGUGGCUGUCAUCACGUUGAACCGCCCCAAGGCUCUGAACGCCCUCUGCAAUGGCCUGAUGAAGGAGCUGUCCACCGCCCUGCAGGAGUUUGGCAAGGACAAGAGCAUCGCUGCCAUCGUUCUGACUGGAAGCGAGAAGGCCUUCGCUGCUGGAGCUGAUAUCAAGGAGAUGCUGCCCAACACCUACUCGCAGUGCAUCCAGGGCAACUUCCUCAACGACUGGACCGAGGUGGCCCGCACCCAGAAGCCCAUCAUUGCUGCCGUGAAUGGCUACGCCCUGGGCGGUGGCUGCGAGCUGGCCAUGAUGUGCGACAUCAUCUAUGCCGGCGAGAAGGCCAAGUUUGGUCAGCCCGAGAUCGCGCUGGGCACCAUUCCCGGAGCUGGUGGCACUCAGCGAUUGACCCGCGUCGUUGGCAAGUCCAAAGCCAUGGAGAUGUGCCUCACCGGUAACAUGAUCACCGCCCAGGAGGCGGAGAAGCUGGGUCUGGCCAGCAAGGUGGUUCCCGCUGAUCAGCUGGUUGGUGAGGCCAUCAAGUUGGGCGAGAAGAUCGGCACCCACUCCAAUCUGAUCGUGCAGCUGUGCAAGGAGGCCGUCAACACAGCUUAUGAGACCACUCUCCAGGAGGGUCUCAAGUAUGAGCGUCGCACCUUCCAUGCCACUUUCUCCACCGCCGAUCGCAAGGAGGGUAUGACUGCCUUUGCCGAGAAGCGCCCAGCCAAGUUCACCAAUGAAUAAGAUGGAUAUACCCACCAGAUCCUUAAAGCCAGCAAUGCAUUUAUAUAUUUGUAAAAAAUUCAACGUUUUUCUAUGCAAUUAAAAAUUUAAUCGUGAUAACUUUU